AUGUACAAAAAGAUGCAUAAUCAUAGGUUGAGAGUGAAGGGUCCAGUGCACAAGACUUUGGUAGCCAAGUGGGUUGAAACACAGAUUCAGGCUGCUUCUACUUCUUCAAUUCAAGAUGAGAGUGAGGACAAAGACAAAGACAGAGACAAAGACAAAGAUGCUGAAGACAGGAUGUAUGAAGAGGACAACAUUGAUGACUCCUUGUUGGUACCUGCAAAUGAAAACUACAAGAUGGAUCUGUCAUCACCACUAGAAAAUAUGUAUACCCAGCUCACCUUUCCUGAGUCCUCUCCUCCUGCCAUCCCAGUUACCCAGUAUCAUCCAGACAGUCAGGACUCAUAUGAUCAGGGUGUGAGGCCCUCACAUUGGCAGCUAUCAAUGCCUGUCCUUACACAUCACAGGGUGCAGAGUUCAACUGAAGAUAAUAGCAUUGAGAUCACUGCACCACCUCCAUCUCAAUUCAUAAAGAUUAAUCCUAAGGUUAAGCCAAUACCAGCAUGGCCAAAGACUGUUCUGGCCAAACAGAUCUCAGCCCUGGAGGCCUACAAACUUUAUGAGUUGGACAGCUUUGAGAACUGGGACAAUGCCAGCCCCAUUGUUCCCAGGAUUCCCUAUCAAGAUGGAUUUAUGUGCACAUUUCAGGGCUGCUGCUUUGCCACCAUCUUAAAGCAGUGCAUCCAAGCUCAUGACAGGGAGUAUUGCACCUGUAACAAUUGGAAGAGCUGUGUUGUAUAG